AGCGCCGCGGCGCUGUCGGCGUUGGCCGGCCGAGGUGAGGGGUCGGCCCGGGGCUCUGCAGGACCUCCCUGCACAGCCGCGGGGGUUGCAGCCUUCUACAGGAGCGCUUCAACAGGAACGGCAAUCCCCUUUAUACCUUUUUUCCAAACAGCUCGAUGGCACCCCGAAAGAAGUUAAAGGGUCUUGUAGCUGCUACCAUCACUCCAAUGACUCCGGACGGAAAAAUUAACCUCUCAGUGAUUCGUCAGUACGUGGAUUAUCUGGUAAAUGAGCAGAAUGUCAAGAACAUUUUUGUGAAUGGCACAACAGGAGAAGGCCUAUCCCUUAGCAUCCAGGAGAGGAAGCUGUUGGCAGAAGAAUGGAUGUGCCAGGGAAAAGACAAAUUGGACCAUGUAAUCAUUCAUGUGGGAGCACUGAAUCUGCCAGAGUGCCAAGAGCUGGCAAGACACGCAGCAGCCAUGGGUGCUGAUGGCAUUGCUGUCAUAGCCCCCUUCUUCUUCAAACCUACAAACAAAGAUGAGCUGGUUGCUUUCUUACAGAAGGUUGCAUCUGAAGCCCCUGAGGUGCCAUUUUAUUAUUAUCACAUUCCUCCUCUGACAGGUGUGAAGAUUCGUGUGGAAGAGUUGCUGGAUGGGAUAAAAGCACAGAUCCCCACCUUCCAGGGUGUGAAGUUCAGUGACACAGACCUCUUGGACCUGGCACAGUGCAUACACAAGAAUGAAACAGGGGAGUUUGAAUUCCUUUAUGGGGUGGAUGAGCAACUGUUGGGUGCACUGGCACUAGGGGCAAGUGGAGCAGUUGGAAGUUUCUCACUGGGGAAUUUCUCAACUUUGUCAUCAAACUGGGUUCGAGUGGAAGGCUUCAAUUAUGUUGGCAUGGGCAACUCUACCAACAAGAAGGAUGCGCAGAGCAACGCUGCCCGAGACUUCAUCAACUACUUAGUGCGGGUGAAUGAAAUGAAGAAGGAUGAAAUCCCUGCUUUUGGACCAGCAGCAGGUGAUAACCGCACUGGAGGACAGGAAGCAGCUAGAGGUGUCACUGGUUCCAGUUCAGCUGUGGGGGGACCUCUUCCUCCACAUUUGCUUUUAAAAAGUGAAGUAGGCAAUGGACCAGGUGCAGCACCUGGAAACUGUGGCAGUCAUGGAGCUCAAUGGGAUCGGGGUGCAAACUUGCAAGAUUAUUAUUCCAGAAAAGAGGAGCAAGAAGUGCAUGAGACCCCAGAGUCAGAAGUGGACUUAAAUGCAGAUCUUCAUGGGGGUUGGACCUUGGAAAAUGCCAAGGCACGUCUGAACCAGUUUUUCCAAAAGGAGAAGAUCCAGGAAGAAUAUAAAUACACUGAGAUGGGGCCUGAUCACAACAGGAGCUUUAAUGCAGAAAUGAACAUUUAUGUGAGGCAGCUGGGCAGAAGGAUUUUCAGUCGUGAGCAUGGAUCAAACAAAAAGCUGGCAGCACAAGCCUGUGCCCUUUCCCUGGUCAGACAGCUCUACCAUCUUGGUAUCAUUGAGCCUUACUCUGGGCAGACAAAGAAGAAAGGAGAAUCGUUGGAACCCUAUGAGGUGUCGCUGUCUCCUGACUUGGAAAAUCAUCUGCAAAAGACUGUACGGGAACUGUCUCUGGAGAUUGUGCCUAUGCCUGAAGAUCCCAGUAAUCCGGUUCUGAUCAACGUUGGCAAGCUGGCCCAUUUUGAACCAUCACAGAGACAAAGUCAUACGGGAGUUGUUCCCUGGUCACCACCUCAUUCCAACUGGAACCCUUGGACUGGCUGCAAUAUUGAUGAGGGUCCUCUGGCAAAUCUCACUCCGGAGCAGAUCAGCACGGAUCUGAGAAGUGAUUUCAUGUAUCGUCUGGAGCAGGACCAGGAAUUGCAGAGGAUCCAAGAAGCAAGAGAGGCUUUACCUCUGAAGAAUUUUGAAAGUGAAAUUCUGGAUGCAAUCCAUCACAAUUCUGUUGUUGUCAUCCGUGGUGCCACUGGUUGUGGCAAAACCACUCAGGUGCCCCAGUAUAUCUUGGAUGAAUACAUCAGAACCAACCGAGCUGCUGAGUGCAACAUAGUGGUGACACAGCCCCGGCGGAUCAGCGCAGUUUCCGUAGCAGAGCGUGUGUCCUAUGAGAGGGGGGAAGAGCCUGGCCAGAGCUGCGGGUACAGCGUGCGGUUCGAGUCUGUGCUCCCUCGGCCACACGCCAGCAUCAUGUUCUGCACUGUGGGUGUUCUUCUGAGAAAGGUGGAGACUGGGAUCCGUGGCAUUAGUCACGUAAUUGUUGAUGAGAUCCAUGAGAGAGACAUUAACACUGACUUCCUUUUGGUGGUGCUGAGGGAUGUGGUUCAGGUGUAUCCUGAAAUCAGGGUUGUCCUCAUGUCUGCCACCAUCGAUACCAGUAUGUUCUGUGAAUACUUCUUCAAUUGUCCCAUCAUCGAGGUCUAUGGCAGAACCUUUCCUGUCCAAGAUUAUUUUCUGGAAGAUUGUAUUCAAAUGACUCAGUUUGUCCCUCCACCCAAGGAAAAGAAGAAGAAAGAGAAGGAUGAAGAAAAUGGUGAAGAUGAUGAUGCCAACUGCAACCUUAUUUGCAGCGAUGAAUAUGGCCCAGAAACAAAGCACUCCAUGGCUCAGCUGAAUGAGAGAGAAACCUCUUUUGAACUCAUUGAGGCUCUGCUGAUUUAUAUCAGGACUCUGAAUGUCCCAGGAGCUGUCCUUGUUUUCUUGCCUGGCUGGAAUUUAAUCUAUACAAUGCAGAAGCAUCUAGAAAUGAGCCCUCGCUUUGGAGGCCACCAGUACAGAAUUUUACCUCUGCAUUCCCAGGUUCCUCUGGAGGAGCAGCGUCGAGUGUUUGAUCCUGUGCCUCCUGGGGUGACCAAAGUUAUUUUAUCUACCAGUAUUGCUGAGACCAGCAUUACCAUCAAUGACGUGGUCUUUGUUAUCGACUCUUGCAAGCAAAAAGUGAAGCUGUUCACUGCACACAACAACAUGACAAACUAUGCCACGGUCUGGGCAUCAAAAACCAAUCUGGAGCAGCGGAAAGGCAGAGCUGGGCGCGUGCGAGCCGGCUUCUGUUUCCAUUUGUGCAGCAGAGCUCGCUUUGAGAGGCUUCAGACUCACAUGACGCCCGAAAUGUUUCGAACGCCACUUCACGAAAUUGCUUUGAGCAUCAAGCUGCUGCGCCUGGGAGGGAUCGGGCAGUUUCUGGCCAAAGCCAUCGAGCCGCCCCCUCUGGACGCGGUGAUCGAAGCAGAGCGCACGCUGAGAGAGCUUGAUGCCCUGGAUUCCAAUGAUGAGUUGACACCUCUUGGAAGAAUUCUGGCCAAACUUCCCAUUGAACCUCGUCUGGGCAAGAUGAUGAUCAUGGGCUGUAUUUUUUAUGUGGGAGAUGCUGUAUGUACCAUCUCUGCAGCUACCUGUUUCCCUGAACCUUUCAUCAAUGAGGGCAAACGCCUGGGUUAUGUCCACAGGAAUUUUGCUGGGACCAGGUAUUCAGAUCACGUGGCUUUGCUCUCUGUCUUCCAAGCCUGGGAUGAUGCAAGAAUGGGUGGUGAAGAAGCAGAGAAAAGGUUUUGUGAACACAAAAGACUCAGCAUGGCUACUCUUAGAAUGACUUGGGAAGCAAAAGUCCAGCUAAAAGACAUACUUAUUAGUUCUGGCUUUCCUGAAGAAUGUUUGAUGACUCAACCGUUUAACAACACUGGCCCUGAUAACAACCUGGAUGUUGUAAUCUCCCUGCUGGCUUUUGGGGUCUACCCCAAUGUCUGCUACCACAAGGAGAAGAGGAAGAUUCUUACCACUGAGGGGCACAAUGCUCUCAUCCACAAAUCAUCUGUCAACUGCCCUUUCAGCAGCCAGGACAUCAAGUAUCCAUCACCCUUUUUCGUUUUUGGAGAGAAGAUUAGAACACGAGCCAUCUCUGCCAAAACCAUGACCUUGGUGAGCCCACUGCAGCUGCUCCUCUUUGCUUCCAAGAAAGUCCUGUCAGAUGGAGAGCUCAUUCUGGUGGAUGACUGGAUCAAGCUGAAGAUGCCGCACGCGGCGGCCGCCUGCAUCACCGCUCUGCGCGCUGCCAUGGAGGCGCUGGUGGUGGAUGUCAGCAAGGAGCCCGGCAUGGUGCGGCAGCUGGAGCCGGCGCAGGAGCGCAUGCUGACCGUCAUCCGGCAGCUGUCCCGGCCAGCCGCGGCGGGCAUGGCGCUCUCGGCUGCCAGCGCCAGGUUCGGGGAUGGCCCCCGCCCGCCCAAGAUGGCUCGCUACGACAACGGCGCUGGCCUUCGAGGCUGGGGAGGUUACGCGCACGGCUCCGGCCGCAGGGGCAGAGGCUACGGUGGCUACCCCAGCUGGAACUCGGCAGGAAGAGGAUACCCAGGUAGUCCUGGGGGAGGCUACGGAGCUGGGGGUGGCUGCCGAGGAGGAGGAGGAUACCGAGGAGCAGGCAGGGGCUACCGAGGAGGCUAUCAGGACAUGGGCAGGGGUGGGUGGUAGUGAUAGCAGGUCAGUGGAGUCUUUCCACUUCAACAAAAGUGCAUUUCCUUCCCAAGUUCCUUUCUUCCUCUUCCCAGUUUGUAUGCUUUUUUGGUUCCUUAGUACAAGUACAGCUCUGUAAUAUAUAAUUUUCUUGGGGAAUUCCCUGCAAGUUGUAUGAUUUAUUUUUAAUAAAGAGUUUGUUUCUGAAGACUUGCAUGCU